CUGCAGGCUGGCCGGGUGGGGGCGGUACCUACGGGGAGUGACUGCCCAAAAGGAAGCCCCGCCCCCGGAGGACCCGGGAUCUUCUUUUCAAAUCUCUGCUUCUUACUUCGAGGGUGGAGUUUCCACCCGAUGGGGUCCCGCCCUAGGAUCCCAGAAGGGUUUGGGGAAAUGAAAGUCACCAGUGAUCGGGCCUGACCCAACUCGUGAUCUAGCGCUCUGCAGCCCCAACACUGAUUCCUCUCCUCCAGCCCCAUGGCCGCAUUGAGCCUGCUGCUCCUGGCCGCACUUCUAUGGGUUCCUGCAGGGACCCUGACCUGCUACGGUGACUCAGGGCAGCCUGUGGACUGGUUUGUCGUCUACAAGCUGCCAGCCCACAGCGGGCUGGUGGAUGGGGCUCAAUCGGGGUUGCAGUACAAAUACUUGGAUGAGGGCUCAGGAGGCUGGCGCGACGGCGCGAGGUCCAUCGAUAGCUUGGAGGGAGCUGUAGGCCGCAGCUUGCUGCCGCUGUACAAGAACACCAGCCAGUUAGCCUAUCUACUUUACAAUGACCAACCGCCUGCUGACUACAGGACUAAGAACUCUUCUAGCCGGGGGCACACGAAGGGUGUGCUACUUCUGGACGAAGAAGGGGGCUUUUGGCUGGUCCACAGCACUCCCAGGUUUCCCACAAGUGCUGCAUACCGUUGGCCUGUUCAGGCCCAAAAAUAUGGGCAGACCCUGCUCUGCAUGUCUUUUUCCUUCGACCAGUUCUCAAAGAUUGGCAGACAGUUGAGCUACACCUACCCCCAGGUGUAUGACUACAAGCUGGAAGGGGUCUUCGUCAAGAAAUUACCUGACCUGCAAGAAGCGGUCCAGGGCCACCAUGUUCACCAGGAACCCUGGAACAGCAGUGUAACACUCACAUCAAAGGCAGGGGCCACCUUCCAGAGCUUUGCCAAAUUUGGAAAGUUUGGAGAUGACCUGUACUCUGGCUGGCUGGCAGAAGCCCUUGGCAGCAGCCUGCAGGUCCAGUUCUGGCAACACUCCAGUGGCAUCCUGCCCUCCAACUGCUCCGGGGCCCAGCAAGUGCUCGACGUGACCCAGAUAGCUUUCCCAGGGCCAGCUGGGCCUGCCUUCGAUACCUCACAAGACCACUCCAAGUGGUGUGUAGCCCCAGAAGGGUCCUGGGCCUGUGUGGGUGACAUGAAUCGAAACUCUGGAGAGAUGCAUCGAGGUGGGGGCACAGUGUGCACCCAGCUGCCUGUCUUCUGGAAGGCCUUCCAGCCUCUGGUGAAGGCCUGGGAGCCCUGUGGGGAGGAGCGAUACCUUGUCUCCAGGAAGCCCAGCAGAGCACAUAGGAAUUAAGGUUUAGGAGCCAACUUGGACAUCCGUUUAAAUACCAGUUUAGUCUGCUCCUAAUUGUGUGACCUUAAUUACGUGCCUUAACCUGUGACUCACUCUACUUAUUUGCAAAAUAGGAACCACAACACCGGAACUCGGGAUUUGUGAGGAAUAAAAGGAAACGGGUAGAUGGA